GAGGCGCGGGGUAGGAUGGGAAGUAGGGGACACUCUGGGACCAGCUGCUGGAAGGGUAGAGAGGGUGAAUUUGACCCCGGGCUGCGGGCACCGCUUGCGAGUCUGCCCAUCGGGCUGCAAGGUCCUGCCUCUGGCCGCAGCUGGCCUUGCGGCUCCCGCAAAUGGGGAGCCGGGCUGGACCCCGCCCAGGCGGCGGCCGGGUCCCCUGGGUUGGGCGCUGCUGGCGGAGCCGACGGGGCGGAGAGGAGCGACGGGAGGAGGAGUAGGAGGAGGGGGCUGGUCAAGGGAAGUGCGACGUGUCUGAGGAGCAUUUUUAUACCUCCUUCCCGGGAGUCCGGCAGCAGUUGCUGCCGCCGCUGCCGCCAUCCGUGCGUCCUAGUGUCUCUGCUCCCAGGAGCCAGGUUCCGAGUUCCAGCGCGCCGGGCGUCGCCACUGCCAAGCAGCAUGUCCGGGAUCAAGAAGCAGAAGACGGAGAGCCAGCAGAAAGCCACCAAUGUGGUGUAUCAGGCCCACCACGUGAGCAGGAGUAAGAGAGGGCAGGUAGUUGGAACCAGGGCCGGAUUCCGAGGCUGUACGGUGUGGCUGACAGGUCUCUCCGGUGCUGGGAAAACAACGAUAAGUUUUGCUCUGGAAGAGUACCUCUUCUCCCACGCCAUCCCUUGCUACUCCCUAGAUGGGGACAACGUCCGUCAUGGCCUUAACAAAAACCUUGGCUUCUCCCCCGGAGACAGGGAAGAAAAUAUCCGCCGGAUUGCCGAGGUGGCCAGGCUGUUUGCCGACGCUGGUCUGGUCUGUAUCACCAGCUUCAUUUCUCCUUUCGCAAAGGAUCGCGAGAAUGCCCGCAAAAUCCAUGAAUCAGCUGGACUGCCGUUCUUUGAAAUAUUUGUAGAUGCACCUCUAAACAUUUGUGAAAGCAGAGACGUAAAAGGCCUCUACAAACGGGCCCGAGCUGGGGAGAUCAAAGGAUUUACAGGCAUUGACUCUGAUUAUGAGAAACCUGAAACGCCUGAGCUUGUGCUUAAAACCAACUUGUCCUCCGUAAGUGACUGUGUCCAGCAGGUAGUGGAACUUCUGCAAGAGCAGAACAUUGUACCCCAGACAAUAAUCAAAGGCAUCCACGAGCUCUUUGUGCCAGAAAACAAACUGGACCAAGUCCGAGCUGAGGCCAAGGCUGUCCCUUCAUUAUCAAUUACCAAGCUGGAUCUUCAGUGGGUCCAAGUUUUGAGUGAAGGCUGGGCCACUCCCCUCAAAGGUUUUAUGCGAGAGAAGGAGUACUUGCAGGUUAUACACUUUGGCACCCUGCUAGAUGGCGUGAUCCUUCCUGAUGGAGUGAUCAACAUGAGCAUCCCUAUCGUACUGCCUGUCUCCACGGAUGAUAAGUUGCGGCUGGAAGGAUGCAGCAAGUUUGUCCUGACACAUGGUGGACGCACGGUGGCUAUCUUACAAGACCCCGAAUUCUAUGAACACAGAAAAAAGGAGCGUUGCUCCCGUGUGUGGGGGACAACGUGUGCAAAACAUCCCCAUAUCAAAAUGGUGAUGGAAAGUGGGGAUUGGCUGGUUGGUGGAGACCUUCAGGUACUGGAAAGGAUAAGGUGGAAUGAUGGGUUGGACCAGUACCGCCUGACACCUCUAGAGCUCAAACAGAAAUUUAAAGAAAUGAAUGCUGAUGCGGUGUUUGCCUUCCAGUUGCGCAAUCCUGUCCACAAUGGCCAUGCCCUGUUGAUGCAGGACACCCGCCGCCGGCUCCUGGAGAGGGGCUACAAGCACCCCGUCCUCCUGCUCCACCCUCUGGGUGGCUGGACAAAGGACGACGACGUGCCUCUGGACUGGCGGAUGAAGCAGCAUGCAGCUGUGCUUGAGGAAGGGGUCCUGGAUCCCAAGUCAACCAUCGUCGCCAUCUUCCCAUCUCCCAUGUUAUACGCUGGCCCCACAGAGGUCCAGUGGCACUGCAGGUCCCGGAUGAUUGCAGGGGCCAAUUUCUACAUUGUGGGCCGGGACCCUGCAGGAAUGCCCCACCCUGAGACCAAGAAAGACCUGUAUGAACCCACUCACGGGGGCAAGGUCUUGAGCAUGGCCCCUGGCCUCACAUCUGUGGAAAUCAUUCCAUUCCGAGUGGCUGCUUACAACAAAGCCAAAAAAGCCAUGGACUUUUAUGAUCCAGAAAGGCACACCGAGUUUGACUUCAUCUCAGGAACUCGUAUGAGGAAGUUGGCCCGGGAAGGAGAAAAUCCCCCAGACGGCUUCAUGGCCCCCAAAGCAUGGCAAGUCCUGACAGAUUAUUACAGGUCCCUGGAGAAGAACAGCUAAAUGCCCUUGGCUCCAGAGUUUCUUUCUGAAGUGUUCUAUGAUUCUCUUUUCUAUUUUUGUGAUUAGAUGCUUUGUAUCCAAUUGAUUCUCAAUGACUGAUUUUAGGGUUUUAUAAUGAGGUAAAAAUUUGAAGUCAAUUUCAAUAUAUACAUAAAAAAGUCAAACUGAAGUCCAAAGCUUAGCAGGUAAAAGCAAUAUUGCUAUCAUUUCAAAAUGCUAUUAGUUAUAUUCUCUACAGCAUCUGAGCUGGUAGGUCCAAGAUUUCUUAAAGCUUUGACCAUGUGUCUAGUUUACUUGCCAAAAAGUAAAGCAUAUUUUCCAGCUUAAGUCUUGCCAGCGUGCACUCUCCCCAUGUCAUAUACCAGCAGUAAAAUAAAUCAGAAGAGCAGCCUCUUCUAUAAAAUUGAAAAAAAAAAAAAAAAAAGAUUUCUCACCCUGAAUGACAUGGCUUAUGUCAAGAUUCUUCCUGACAUUUUGUCUCAUGCCUGUACAGAGCCUUACUGCCCAAUCUCUCAUAUGCUGAAGUAUGACGUGAUUGGAGAAACCAAAUGUGUGAAAAUGUGAAUUUAAUCUCAGAGAUCUAUGCAACCUACUUCUGCCACCAAAGUUAUAUUGUCUAAUAAGUCUUAAUAAUGCACUUCUGUGAAUAAUAUAACUAGUCGAAUGGUGACUUUUCAUUAAAAAGCGUAGAGUGCUUUGAUGAAAGAUUUACACUCAGGACUCAGACAAUCUGGCAGUGUUGUGGAAAGUUACUUUCUCUCCUCUUUGCUGUGGUCAUUGUGUCCUAUGAAGAGACUGCUGGCUGACUGCAGCAGCAGCAGCUGUAACCAGAAUGCACUGACACCAUCAGACUAGCCAGUGGCUAGAACUGGAAAAGACCACAGAAAACAUCAAAUCCAACCCUUUCAUCUGACUGGUGACCAAACUGAGACGAUGCACAAGCACAAGCUUUGAGCUGCUGAGCACUGCAACAAAAACACAAAAUUGGCCAGCUUAGCAAGUCCUGGUGGCACUGAACGAGCACCCAGGCCACACAGCUCCUAGGCUGGUGCUCUGUCUACAGUACAACACAGGAGCUGGCGUCCCCCAAAUGCUUAAUGAAGCUCCUUGAAUAGAGUGCACUUACAAAGCAGUCUUCAUAGAUGCUGAAAGGUCCAGUUUUCUAAAACCAGAUGAUUUUAUUGCAGUUGAAAUAAAUACUUCUUCCAAAGACUCAUGCUGUUC